UCGAGACAGCCCACCUAGCCCUUCCAGCAACACGCGAUCGGAGGGUUGAGACUUGAGAGCUAUUGGAAGCAAGUACGUGCAUGGCGAGGUUUGCGCUCGUGGCGUGCGCUGCCGCGGCGGCGGCGCUGCUGCUGCUCGGCGUGGCGGCGGCGGACGUGGCGUCGAUCAUCACGCAGGACGUGUACAACCAGAUGCUGCCCAACCGCGACAACACGCAGUGCCCCGCCAACGGCUUCUACACCUACGAUGCCUUCAUCCAGGCCGCCAACUUCUUCCCGGGGUUCGGCACCGGCUCCAGCACCGACGAGCUCAACAAGCGCGAGCUCGCCGCCUUCUUCGGCCAGACCUCCCACGAGACUACCGGUGGCACGAGAGGUGCCGCCGACCAGUUCCAGUGGGGUUACUGCUUCAAGGAGGAGAUCAACAAGGCCACAAGUCCUCCCUACUAUGGACGCGGACCAAUUCAAUUGACAGGGCAGGCCAACUACCAGCAAGCCGGGGACGCGAUAGGCGAGGACCUGGUGAACGACCCGGACCUGGUGUCCUCGGACGCGGUGGUCUCCUUCAAGACGGCCAUCUGGUUCUGGAUGACGGCGCAGUCGCCCAAGCCGUCGUGCCACGACGUGAUCCUCGGCAACUGGACGCCGUCGAGCGCCGACGCGGCGGCGGGGCGGGUUCCCGGCUACGGCGCCAUCACCAACAUCAUCAACGGCGCCAAAGACUGCGGCGUGGGGCAAAACGCCGCCAACGUCGACCGCAUCGGCUACUACAAGCGCUACUGCGACAUGCUCGGCGUCGUCCCAGCAGCACUUCUGAUGAACUGAUGUUCGACUUGACUGCUAGCACUGUUGCUACAGUAUAAGAUCUGUGUCCAGACGUGUUCCAUACAUAUUUUAUUAUUUUAAUAUAAUAAAGACUGAUGAUCCGGUGUUAUAUA